AUGGCGCUGCGCGACGUGCUGCUGUCGAUCGCGCAGACGCCGCACCGGCUGCGGAGGAGGGCGCUGGUGACGUGGACGCCGGCGCAGGAGCUAAACGAGGUGCGGGACCGGUCGGGGGCGCGCAUGAAGCGGCGGCUCGAGUGGUACGACCUCGUCGGGCUCGGCGUCGGCGGGAUGCUCGGCGCGGGGGUCUUCGUCACCACGGGGAGGGUGGCGCGCGACACCGCGGGCCCCGCCGUCUUCGCGUCCUACGUCAUCGCCGGAGUCUCCGCGCUACUGUCGUCCUUCUGCUACGCCGAGUUCUCCGUGCGCGUCCCCGUCGCCGGCGGCGCCUUCAGCUACCUUAGAGUAACGUUCGGCGAGUUCGUGGGGUUCUUUGGUGGAGCCAACAUUCUGAUGGAGUACGUGAUGUCGAACGCGGCGGUGGCGAGGAGCUUCACGGACUACCUGGCCUCGACGUUCGGGGUCACGGAGCCCAACGCGUGGAGGAUCGUCGUCGCCGGUAUCGCCGAGGGGUACAACGCGCUGGAUGUGCCGGCGGUCGCGCUCAUCGUCAUCAUAACCGUAUGCUUGUGCUACAGCACCAAGGAGAGCUCGAUGCUGAACAUGGUGCUCACGGUGUUCCACCUGCUCUUCUUCGCCUUCAUCAUCGUGGCCGGCCUGUGGAACGGCAGCGCGAGGAACCUCGUGCGGCCGCACGGGCUGGCGCCCUACGGCGUCCGCGGCAUCCUGGACGGCGCGGCCAUCGUCUACUUCAGCUACAUCGGGUACGACUCGGCAUCCACCAUGGCCGAGGAGAUCCGGGACCCCGCCCGCGCGCUCCCCGUCGGCAUCGCCGGCUCGGUGCUCGUCGUGUCCGCGCUCUACUGCCUCAUGUCCGUCGCCCUCUGCGUCAUGCUGCCCUACACCGAGAUAACGGAGACCGCGCCGUUCUCGUCGGCGUUCAGGGAGAAGGUGGGCUGGAGGUGGGCGAGCAGCGUGGUCGGCGCCGGCGCGAGCCUCGGCAUCGUGGCGUCGCUGCUGGUGGCGAUGCUGGGGCAGGCCAGGUACCUGUGCGUGAUCGCCAGGGCGCGCCUGGUGCCGUCGUGGCUCGCCAAGGUCCACCCUUCCACAGGCACUCCUAUGAACGCCACCAUUUUUCUAGGCUUCUGCACUGCAUCAUUAGCACUCUUCACGGAGCUGCAGAUAGUGUUCGAGAUGAUAUCAAUCGGGACACUGCUGGUCUUCUACCUAGUGGCCAACGCACUCAUCUACCACCGGUAUGUGAAGGUCGGCGUGAACCGCCCGCUCCAUGUCCUCCUCUUCCUGCUGCUCCUCACGCUGAGUUCUCUCGGCUUCUCCCUCUUGUGGAAGAUCGACGGGUGGUGCAUAUGGGGGAUGGCAUUGUUCGGGGCCAUCUCCAUAGCAAUCACCACAAUCUUCCAUUGCACAGCACGGCAGGACAUCGCUGGACCACCAUCAGAAUGGUCGGUCCCUCUGAUGCCCUGGCCUGCUGCUGCAUCUGUCUUCCUGAACGUGUUCCUGAUAACCACCCUCAAGAUGAGGUCCUAUCAGAGGUUCGGCAUCUGGAGCCUUGUUAUCAUAGUCUUCUAUGUAUGCUAUGGGGUGCACUCUACAUACUCUGCAGAAGAAAAUGACGUCAAUGCAAUGAUCCAUCAUUCAAAUCUGGACAUAUCUUAGAAGUAGCAGGGUAAUUAUAUGCCACAAGUUACAUUUGAGCUCAAUAGAUAGCAAUUAGUCCAUCUUGGAAAUGGUCCCAGGCCUAAAGAAGAUGGUGCAAAAGAGAGGCUUACUUUUGCUUUAGGUUAAUCCCUCCUUUUUCCUGCUUUUGUGCUUGCUGAUUGGCCCAAAACUAUUGGCAUGUACCUACUUUUUUUCUCAAGGUGUAUAUGCAGGAUUGUGCGAGGCAUGUGUUUGUUUGACCAGAGACCUGAAUUUAUCUAUUUUCACCACAACAAAUGGCAAGGCAAGAAUACAGGAAAAUAUCAAACACCAGCAGAAUGACUGAUUUGUCCAAUCUAGAAGUUGCUUUCAGGUGCAACUAGCCAUACCUGCAGAUGGAACAGGAGAUGAUGAUACAAAGCAAGAUAAUCGUAUCCAAGUUUACUGGAAACUCUAUCCAAAAAAAUGCACAAGAUUUCAUUUGUGUAACUAAGAAAAAUCACUAUUCAUGCAACAUGGGAAGAUGAAUUUAAAAGAUGUUCCUUUUCUGUUUAACUCUCACGGAGAGAACUAGAGGAAACUGAAAUGCAUAUUCUGUGUUCAGAGUAAUUAAUGAUGCUAUUUCACUCACACUAUUUCCAUAACCAUAUAGCAAGGAUUCACAUGGAUAUCAUUAGCACAUUGGUACCAUUCACCUUUCAUGUAAUACAAUUUGAUGCCUAAAUGUUACUCACCAAAAACAAACAGAUCGUAUGCGCACAUCCUCUACUGGUCCAAGAAAAGAUGUCACUAGAGAAUUCUCACAAACAGCCAUGGCAGAAAUGUUCAGUUUUGGGAACUAAAUAAGUAGUGCUUAUGUUAUAAAAGAAAAGAGACCACACAAGUCUCAAAAAAUACAUGGUUCAUUGUGAAAGAAGGGCAUGUUCAUGGUAUAUUGCACACAAAGGACCCGCGAGAUGAAACUAUUCAGUAGACUAGGCUUUUAAAUAAUGUUAUCCGAUAAACCUAAAUAAUGCUUCUUAUACAGAAUUGUAUUGAAAGGACCACACACGAUGGAAUUCGGAAGUAAAGCCGAACAUCAUGGAGUGAGUUCCUGCUUUCAAAUCAGCGUGCAUCGUCGA